UUGAUCAGAGAGCCAAUGAAAGGGACAGUAUUCUGGCAGGAGGUACUGUCGGCUCCUUUCACCCGUCAGACUGUGAGGAGAGCACAUGGCCUACGGUCUGCAGCCCACUCUACAAUCUUCACCCAGCCCCCCACUGCCCUGUCUCCACAGGUUUGGAGGGGCGCCCCCACAUGGCACGGCCAAAGACUGUUGUGUUCCUCCGCCACUCCAGACGAGGUGACAGUGGUGUAUCAGAAUGGGCUGCCGGUGAUCUCAGUCAGUUUGCCGUCCCGGCGAGAGCGCUGUCAGUUCACCCUCAAGCCUCUCAGCGACAGUGUGGGAGUUUUCCUGCAACAGCUCCAAGCCGAGGACAGAGGCAUCGACCGCGUAGCCAUCUACUCCACGGAUGGAGCGAGGGUCGCCUCCUCCACAGGAAUAGACAUCCUGCUGCUGGAUGAUUUCAAGCUUGUCAUCAACGAUACCACACACCUUGUGCGACCACCACGGAGAGAGCUACUACCCCACGAAGAGGGAGAGAGGCUGAAUGACGUCAAGUUUCUGGUGCAGCAGCUCUACACCACCCUACGCAUCGAGGAGCACCAACUCAGCAAGGAACGCGAGCUGAUUGGACGACUUGAGGACCUCAACUCUGAACUCCGCCCCUUAGAGAAGAUGAGGGUGGAUCUGAAUAGGAAGGCAGAGCGGCGUACCACCUUGGUGAUGUGGGGGGGCAUGGCGUACAUGGCCACCCAGUUUGGCGUACUGGCCCGACUCACCUGGUGGGAGUACUCCUGGGAUAUCAUGGAGCCCGUCACCUACUUUAUCACCUACGGCACGGCCAUGUUCAUGUACGCCUACUACGUGCUUACUCGCCAGGAGUAUAUUUACCCCGACGCUAGAGACAGACAGUAUCUGCUGUUCUUCCACAAGGGGGUGAAAAGGACACGCUUUGACAUCGAGAAGUACAACCAGCUGAAGGAUGAUAUUGCUGAGGUGGAGUUGGAUCUGAAGCGUCUUCGGGACCCGCUCCAGCUCCAGCUCCCAGUCCAGCAGCUCACCUCCAGUAAAGAUUGAUGGGAAAAGUGACUCCCUCCUCUCUCAGCUCCUGCAACCUCCUUUUCCUCCUCCCUCUUCCGUCCAACACCCUCCUCCCUCCCAAUUUACCCCAAACUCUCUCCUCCGACUCCUCCAUCCCUCCCCCAUCCCUCCCACACCCAAUAACCCCAUCCCUUUCUCGACUGUGAGAGUUAGUUUUUCCCCCCUUUUUUUUUUCCUUCUUUUUUCUUUUUUUUCUUUCCUGACUGAAAACUCCAGUUGGAAUUGCAAGAGGAUAACCGCUAAAAAAAAAUCGAAGAUAGGAUGGCGAGAGUACCGGGAACUUGAAAAAACUCUCCCAGCCAAAGGAAGGGUGAGGAUGAUGAAAAGGACAACGAUGAUGAAGGAAUAAAACUGGGCACUAUGGAUACGCCUCAAGUCUCCGGAGGGACAGCCUGCAGGGAACUUCAGGGGGCAAACAGGACUCAUUAUCACACCUCUAGACACAGAGGGGCGCUGAUUGUGGAGUGUGUGUGUGUGUGUGGGGGACUUUCAGGGUACAAUGGGACACCGACCCUGGCCGAUUCGAGGGUCGACACACCCGCUUAAUCCGGCUUCCUCUUGCAGUCAAACUGUCGACACACACACCUUCUCUUGGUUGGGGCAGGAGUCUCUAUCCCACACGUUUACAAGGAAGUCCUGAAUGUAGUCGCACCACCAGGGGACCUCCGUCUUCCUGUGGCUGAACUCUGCUGCCUCUCCCUCCCUGGGCCCCGCCUUCUCCAGGUGACGGACAGCUGUCCCUCCCAGUGUGACCUUUCCUUGCAGGAUAUAGGCAUGACGACGCCUCGUUUCCUCUUCCUGUUGACGUCCUGUAGCGGCCCGGGUCUGCGCAAGUAUGAGAGUACUACCGACAACAACAUCACUGUGUGUUCUUUUACUCCGAAAAAAAUAUUUUGGCACUUUUUAUUUUGAAAGCCAUAGUAUAUUUGUUAUGAAAAGAAUAUAAAUAUAUAUAUGUAUACAAUCAAAUAAACAGAUGACCAGAGGCUAGUUUUUUUCAGUGGGGGGAGGAGCUCUCUUACAAACAUAAUUUCAUCAGAAACUACUAACUUACAUCCUCUGGAGAUCUUCUGCCAUGAAGGGUCCUCUGCUAACAGUCCAGCACACACACACACACACACACACACACACACACACACACACACACACACACACACACACACACACACACACACACACACACACACACACACAGAGCAGUAUAAAGUAUGUAUUCACUACUAACUAUUUCAUAUCUUGUCCUGACAAACACACAACGUAUUUCACAGUAACUAUGGCAUGGCCACCAAAGGAGGGGAAUCUAUGUUGAAAUCAGGGUGAAAAUGACUGAUCGGAAUUGAUUUUGAGCAACGCAGAAUGUCGAUGUGGAUAAUGCCAUGCUUGACCUCAAUAAUCAUCUCUCAAACACAAAAAAUGCUGCGGAAAUGCUUAAUGAAGGGGUUAAAAUGUGCAGUGACCAUUGUCUCAUAGAAACCCACAGGCAUGUUUAUAUAUCUGAUGAACUGAGUGGCUUUAGAAACGAGUAAAGCCUCAUUAUACAGCAGGAGUAAUCCGCCUGCAAUCCUUUUCCCACAAUAUCAUAUAUAUAAUUUCUCCUUUCCCAAUCCAAAGUCUUGUUCUUGGAGGUGAAAAAUGAUCAUUUCCAGAUAUUCAGUGACCUGGCCUUUAGCUUAGCAGCAUGUGAUGUGCUUUUCAACAUAAGAUUUGUAUAGGAUUCUCCUUCACAAAGCUUAUAGACAAAGUAACAGAAGGCUGAAUCUAAAAAAAAAAAAAGUGUCAUGGCAUUUAUUCAGAGGCUUUUAUUUUUGUUUUCUCCUCCCACUGUUGCUAUAACGCCCCCCUGCUCCCUCGAAGGCAGGGUAGACUGCAUGCUGUGGUAUGCCCUCAGUAGAAAUGUGUGAAUGUGUAGGAGCAUUAUUGCAAUUUUGUACUUAAUUGGAAACUUUUCUUUGCCACAUCUAGCUGAAGUCUCACCCUCCCCCCUGAUUGAGGUGAAUCAGAAGCCAUAUGUUACAUUUUUUUCCAUUUUGGGAUGGUCACUGAAUAAACCGUUGUUUGGCUUUACUUAGCUUUCUGUUCUGAAGACUUCACCCAUAACUGCUGUAGAUGGCCUCUGCAGAAAAGCAAUGACUUGACAUCCCCUGAACAUGAACAUCGUGCAUGUGUGUCUCGUGUGGACAGUCGGCUGAAUCCUACUGCAGAGAUCCAUGUUUAACUGCAGAUUUUGUAUUAAAAUGCAUGAUUUUAGGUCAAAUCAGAAGUUAUUCAUGCAGAUCUCAAGGCAGGAGUUGGUCAUAUCUGUUAGUGUGUGUAUGUGUGUUUUAUCUCCAAGGAAAUUGGUGCCUCUUGGAUGACUAAUCAUUUAAAAGGUAGAUAAUAAUUAAGUUAUCUGUAGAAAAGCAAUGAUAUGAUCAUUGAGAAAGUAAUUAUCUUAUUUGGAAUGCACCUUUAUUCAAAGGAAGGGUUACAUUUACAUUUUUGAGAGUAGAAAUCAACUUUAUUGUGCGCCUUUGAAUGCAUGUGUUGGUUUGAUACACGUCUUGACAAGUUGGUGCAUUGUGGGCAAAGUUUAGAUCAUUCAUGAAUCCUUUGCCUCUAACCACUGACUGGUAGAAAAUAAAUUCCGCCCUCAUCCCACUUCAUGGCAGCCAUCACACACACACACACACACACACACACACACACACACACACACACACACACACACACACACACACACACACACACACACACACACACACACACACACACACACACACACACACACACACACACACACACAGUGACGUUGGUGUUUCCUUGGAGAUGUACUGUGGCAGGUGAGAGAGCCGCCACAACUCACCAUCACCCCCUCUUUUUAUCAAUCCAUCCACCGUUUAUUGCCUUGUUUUUUUCUCAUUUCUUUUUUAAAAAGCUAAAUAUAUCAAAUAUAGGGAAACUUUAUUAUAAAGAGGGUGUUGCAUGAAUGUAUGUUUACAUGGGAAAUUAUGUGAAAAUAAAAAAGACGAUUUAUCAACAAAAAAAAUAAACUGCAGAGAUAAUUUAAGAACGUUGUUUGUAGAGAUUCCUAGAUAUAAAGGGCAGUUGACAGGGCUGCAACUUUAGAAAUGCCCUGCCAAAUCUGACUUAAAUCCCAGCCAACCAACUGCUCAAACCCCACUCCCAUCCUCACCUUAUUUACUCCCAUAAACCCCUCCCUCAGAGUGCAUUAAUACUCCCCAAAUGGAAGGAUAAAACACCCUCCAUCCUCGAUGCACCUGUAAAGGAGGAGACCUCAUGACCUCGGUUACUAACGUCCUGGAUUUAAGUCCAAAGAAAGUGUCAGGCUUUUUGGGGAUCACCUCCCAUUCUCGUCCCUCUCUCCCGUCAUUUUCAUCCACCCUCAGCCUUUUUUCCUCCAAAGCGACAUUAUUAUUCUAUGUUUUCAAAGUGUGUUAUGUUUUUAAUAUCUUGUUUGUCUGCACUUACAAUAAGAUGUUUUAAAAUGCCUAUAGAGUGACGCAGAAUAUGAGAUUGAAAUGAACUUGUACUCCAUUCUGACCUCUAAUUUUAUUUCGUUUUUUCUUGUCUGUUUUUCUUCUGUUGACAUGAUGCUGUAAUGUUGGCAAAAAAGAAAAAUGUAAAAUCCUGUAUCAUUUAUGAAAUAUGUAUAAAAGAGAAAUGUAAUUCAAUUAUCAAUAAAAUCCUUAUCCAGUUUUUGGA